GAUGGUCCCUGUAGAGCAAGGAAUCCACGACAGCCAGAACGCAAUGCACGUUUGUUCCUGGCUUCUGGGACUCCUCGCUGAACCCCCGGCAAGGAUGUGGGAGCCCAGCAGAGGCCCCGAAAGACCCAGCCCCGGGAGCGCCUCCCGCCUCCAUGCUCAGGUCAUCCGCCCAUUACGAAAACUGCUCGUGUGAAAUCGAGCUGUCCAUAGGAAACGGCCGCCUGUGGUUUGUGAAUCCAGUCUUCAUCGAGGACUGCGGCAGCUCCCUGCCGGCUGACCGGCCGCCCCCGGGAAGCUGCCCCUUGCGUCCGUCGCCUCCCGCCUCCGACGCGACCUCCCCCGCCUCCAGGUGGGCCCCGCGCCGCCCGGCUCCCCGUCCCCCGCCGCUCCCGCUCCACCCCCCCGCCCCCCCUCCGGCCUGCCCUCUGCCGGGCUCUCCCUCGACGGCUGCUCCCCCGCCUCCGCAUCCUGAGGCCCUUCCUCCCUCACCCCCAGCAUCUGCCCCCAGCCGGGCACCCCACACCCCAGGCCCCCCGGAGCUUCCAAGCCAGCCACCCAUGACAGCCUGCGAGAGGCUCCCACGGCCCCUCGCAGGCCUGGGCCCCCUCAGGGAGGAAGAGGUGAAGCCGGGGGCAGCCCCCAGCCCCUUGCAGGCCCCCGUCCCUCCAGCGCCCACGAAGAAGAGCCUCCCCGCCGCCCCUCCCAGACGCCGCAUCGUGGAGAAGGUCUCCCCGGAGGACCAGAGUGCAGGGAAGGCGGACAGGGGGGCAGCAGCAGAGGGGGACCCGGUGGGACCUUCCAGGGCAUCCCCGCUCCGCCUGCCUCCCCAGGGGACCUCCGGCAGCCCUGGGGACAGGCCUCGGAGAACCACAGAGCAAGGCCAGGAAGCAGUGGCCAAAGCCGGCGAUCUGGGCGGCAUGCCAGAGCCUUCGAGGAAGAUUCGACAGGCCCCGGUCCCACCUCCCAGGAAGAAACGGCUCUCCCGGCAGCUGGCCUCGGUCCUCCCAAUUCCCCUGGAGACUGCCGAGCUUCCCACGGACGGGGAGGCCCCCGAGAACCCCAGGCCCGGUCCACCUGGAGAAGGCCAAGGUCCUGCCCCCACUCAGAGCCCGCGUGCCCGGGCCGGGGCCCGGCCCCAGAGCACCCCGGCGUUCAAGGGCUCCCUGGCCUCCCUCUCGGACAGCUUGGGAGUGCCCGCCUCGGCCACAGACCAGGACUCCUACUCGACCAGCAGCACGGAGGAGGAGCUGGAGCAGUUCAGCAGCCCCAACGUGAAGAAGAAGUCGUCGAUGAUCCUGGGCAAGGCCCGCCACCGCCUGAGCUUUGUGAGCUUCACCAGCGUCUUCAGUGCCUUCCUCUCCAACAACCGCAAGCUGUACAAGAAGGUGGUGGAGCUGGCCCAGGACAAGGCCUCGUACUUCGGCAACCUGGUGCAGGACUACAAAGUGUACAGCCUGGAGAUGAUGGCGCACCAGACCUCCAGUAUGGAGAUGCUGCAGGAGAUCCGCACCAUGAUGACCCAGCUCAAGAGCUACCUGCUGCAGAGCACCGAGCUCAAGGCCCUGGUGGACCCCGCCCUGCACUCCGAGGAGGAGCUAGAAGCCACUGUGGAGUCUGCUUUGUACAAGUGUGUCCUGAAGCCCCUGAAGAAAGCCAUCAACUCAUGCCUGCAUGAGAUCCACAGCAAGGACGGCUCGCUGCAGCAGCUCAAGGAGAACCAGCUGGUGAUCCUAGCCACCACGACUACCGACCUGGGCGUGACCACUAGCGUGCCGGAGGUGCCCAUCAUGGAGAAGAUCCUGCAGAAGUUCGCCAGCAUGCACAAGGCCUACUCGCCCGAGAAGAAGAUCUCCACCCUGCUCAAGACCUGUAAGCUCAUCUACGACUCCAUGGCCCUUGGCAACCCAGGGAAGUCCUACGGGGCGGACGACUUCCUGCCGGUGCUCAUGUACGUGCUGGCCCGCAGCAAUCUCACGGAGAUGCUUCUCAACGUGGAGUACAUGAUGGAGCUCAUGGACCCUGCCCUGCAGCUGGGGGAGGGUUCCUACUAUCUGACCACCACCUACGGGGCCCUGGAGCACAUCAAGAACUACGACAAGAUCACGGUGACCCGGCAGCUGAGCGUGGAGGUGCAGGACUCCAUCCACCGCUGGGAGCGCCGGCGCACGCUCAACAAGGCCCGGGCCUCCCGCUCCUCCGUGCAGGACUUCAUCUGCGUGUCGUACCUGGAGCCCGAGCGGCAGUCGCGGACGCUGGCGUCGCGGGCGGACACGCUGGCCAAGGCGCUGUGCGCUCAGUGCGCGGAGAAGUUCGAGGUGGUGCACCCCCAGGACCACCGGCUCUUCGUGCUGGUGGACGGGCGCUGCUUCCAGCUGGCCGACGAGGCGCUGCCGCACCGCAUCAAGGGCUACCUGCUGCGGAGCGAGCCCAAGCGCGACUUCCACUUCGUGUACCGGCCCCUGGACGCCGGCGGGGACAGCGGGGGCCCCCCCUGCCUCGUGGUGCGGGAGCCCAACUUCCUGUGAGGCCGGGUCUGCAGCCCCUCCAAAGGCAGUGCUCACCCAGGCGGAGAAGCCGUCAGAAGACCCGGCCCGCGCCCUCACCCCACACACCCACACACGCGCACGCACGCACACACACCCACACACGCGCACGCACGCGCGCGCGCGCGCACACACACACACACUCUCCCAACGGGGAUGCCCACACGUCCCACGUGCUCGCAACCUACUGAGCGCGCGUAGACCAACGUGGCACUUACGCAAUGUGAUCCGUGGCCCCCAGCGUGCUUCCUGAAGGAGAGUCAUAGCCCCCUAGAGGCCACGUUCUUCGUUAGGCAGAAAGGGAAACAGGCUCAGAGAGAGAAGGGACUCUGCAGCCCCCUGAAGCAAACAGAGCCCAAGCCUGGCCCCUGUUCACACACAGCCCCUCAGGCCAGUGCCUCUGUCUCCCGUGCCCGCCCGACCCUCAGUCUUUCCCGGGGGGCUUCCCGUCUCCCCAGGGCUGCCCUCAGGAGGGGUGGCCUGGCCCCAGCUGCUCCCACGCCCCUCUUCCCACAGGAUGGAGCUGGGAUGCUCUGGACCCGCCCAGCAUCUCAGGAGCAGCUCAGGGUGUGUGAGGAGACAGCCCUCCCCCGACCCCUGCAUAAGAGCCUGCGCUCGGCUCUCAGCACCCACAGUCCCUCCAGGAGCAGCCAGACGUGCACUGGGACCUCCAAGUGAAGCCAGCUCCAUGGCUACGUGGGCGAGCGCAGCCUCGGCCACGGGGGACACUGACGGGGCCGUUGCCUUGGGGGGCACCCCAGGGCCGUGGCACCUGUGGCAAGAGGCACCGUGUGGGGAGUGUUUAAUA